GUAUGUGUGUCCCUGUCCACUUGGGCCCUGGAUGGUGCCCGAGACCCAGCCAGCAGCCAGUUGAAGACGUUCUCCUUGGAAGCUCUCAGCCCCGAGGGCUCCUGCCUGGGGUGCGGGUCCUGCCAUGGCGUUCCAGAGGACUGAGGGCAUGUCUGUGAUCCAGGCCCUGGCCAUGACAGUGGCCGAGAUCCCUGUGUUCCUGUACACGACGUUUGGGCAGACAGCGUUCUCGCAGCUGCGGUUGACACCAGGCCUGCGGAAGGUCCUCUUUGUCACAGCCCUGGGGACAGUGGCCUUGGCCCUGGCCGCCCACCAGCUGAAGAGGCGACGGCGGAGGAAGAAGCAGGUCGGCCCCGAGAUGGGAGGCGAGCAUCUGGGCACAGUGCCCCUCCCCAUCCUCCUGGCCAGGAAGGUCCCCUCAGUGAAGAAAGGCCACUCCAGCCGGCGGGGGCAGAGCCCCAGCAGCAAGAGCAACGACACCCUGAGCGGCAUCUCCUCCAUCGAGCCCAGCAAGCGCUCGGGGUCCUCCCACAGUCUGGCCUCGGUGGUGGCGGUGAACUCAUCCAGCCCCAUGGCUGCGAGUUCGGGACCGUGGGAGACCAGAGGGAUGGAGGAGUCUGUGACCACCAGCGACGGCAAUGCCGAGAGCCUCUACAUGCAAGGCAUGGAGCUGUUCGAGGAGGCUCUGCAGAAGUGGGAGCAGGCGCUGAGCGUGGGGCAGAGGGGGGACAGCGGCAGCACCCCCAUGCCGAGGGACAACCUCCGGAACCCCGAGACUGCUUCGGAGGCACUGUCCGAGCCAGAGUCACAGCGAAGGGAGUUUGCAGAGAAGCUGGAGGCCCUGCUGCACCGGGCCUACCACCUGCAGGAGGAGUUUGGGCCCACCUUCCCGUCCGACAGCGUGCUGCUGGAUCUCGCCCUUCUGCCUUUGCCAGAGCGGACCCUCAUGCUGCCCCUGACUGAGGGCUCGCUGCGUCUUCGGGCGGACGAUGAGGACAGCCUGACCUCGGAGGAUUCCUUCUUCUCCGCUACCGAGCUCUUUGAGUCCCUGCAGGUCGGAGAGUACCCCAUCCCACUCUCCAGGCCCGCUGCUGCCUACGAGGAGGCCCUGCAGCUGGUGAAGGAGGGAAAGGUGCUCUGCCGGACCCUCAGGACAGAGCUGCUGGGCUGCUACAGUGACCAGGACUUUCUGGCCAAGCUCCACUGUGUGCGGCAGGCCUUCAAGGGCCUCCUGGAAGACGAGAGCAACCAGCUUUUCUUUGGGGAGGUCGGCCGGCAGAUGGUGACAGGCCUGAUGACCAAGGCUGAGAAGAGCCCCAAAGGCUUCCUGGAGAGCUACGAGGAGAUGCUGAGCUACGCCCUGCGGCCGGAGACCUGGGCCACCACGCGGCUGGAGCUGGAGGGCCGUGGGGUGGUCUGCAUGAGCUUCUUCGACAUUGUGCUGGACUUCAUCCUCAUGGACGCCUUCGAGGACCUGGAGAAGCCCCCGUCCUCCGUGCUCGCCGUCCUCAGGAACCGCUGGCUGUCAGACAGCUUCAAGGAGACGGCCCUGGCCACUGCUUGCUGGUCAGUUCUGAAAGCCAAGAGGAGGCUGCUGAUGGUGCCCGACGGCUUCAUCUCCCAUUUCUACUCCGUAUCGGAGCAUGUUAGCCCCGUCCUGGCCUUCGGCUUCCUCGGGCCCAAGCCCCAGCUCUCUGAAGUCUGUGCUUUCUUCAAGGUAAACAGGGAGCACAGGGCUGCUGCUGCCCACCCAGGCUCUGCCCGGCCCCUGGGAGAGGAGCCCCCGGGGGUGCAGGAGUGCAGCGAGGGCCUGGGCCUGCUCCCCGAGACAGGGCCGGGCGGGGGAUCCUGGAGAGAGCUGGCUGCUCCUCCCACGGGGGGCCUGGCCCAGGUGGGUCCAGAGGAAGCACUGGGGGCCAGGAGCCUGAGGACAGACGAGGCUGAGUUGGGACUCCAGUGGUCAGGAGGGGGCCCUGGAUGGAGUGGAGGGCCCUGGUGGCGGGGAGCGGGGCCCCAUGCCAGCCCUGUGCCCCAGCACCAGAUCGUGCAGUACCUGAGGGACAUGUUCGACCUGGACAAUGUGCGCUACACGGCAGUGCCGGCACUCGCGGACGACAUCCUGCAGCUGUCCCGGCGCCGCAGUGAGAUCCUGCUCGGCUACCUGGGGGUGCCGGCGGCCAGCAGCGUGGGCCUGAACGGCGUGCUGCCCCGUGAGAAUGGGCCCGUGGACGAGCUGCACUAGUGACGACGCGGGCUUUGGGGGGCAGAGGAGGCUGCCUCCUCCCCAUCUUUGGGUUGGCAUCGAAGGGCUGGGGUGUGGCCAUCAGCAAAGGCAGAGCCCAGGCCGUGGUGGCCAAGGGCAGUUGCCCCUGACCUUGUCCCCCAUCACCUGGGAGUCCCCAAGGCCCAGGGGGCAAACUUUCUUGGAGAGGGAUGGAGCCCCUAGGGGCCUGCCUGAGUGCCCUCACCUGUCCCUGGGGGAGGCAGAGGCUGGACCAGUGGCCACGGGGGCCCGAGGGAGAGGAAGGUAGCGAGAGAGAGAAGGUGUUGUGAGGAGAAUUGGGACAGGCAGAGCUGGGUGCCCUGGGUGUGGGACCCUAAAACCUCCCCAGGGCUGCUGACACGUGGGGCUGGGAGGGUGGCGGUGAAAGGUGGGGGUGGCAGGGCUCUGUGGUGCAGGUCACGGAUGUUCUGAGCUAGAAGGAACCUGGGCUGGACGGUCUCAGAAUCUAAUCUAAUCUGGCCAGUCCUGAUGGCCCCCCAUCCCUGCCACCACCCUAGAGAGUUUGCAACUCCAGAGAGUGAAGCUGGGGGGCACCUUGGUGGGUGGCAGGCCUGGACCACCCAGAGUGGGACAGAGGUGGACCCGCUUUCCUUGUGCUCACGUCUGGGCAGGGACCAGGAGGCUGUCCUCUGACAUUCCCUUGCCCUGCCAAAGAUUCUCAUUUCUCUUCCCACCUCUGCCACCACCAAAGAUGGAGGAGGUGGGGCUGGGCCUCCCGUCCCCAACCCCUCCCUCUCUGAACGGGGAACUCCCUGGGUGGUGCUCGGCGCUGAGCUGGGGGCUCUGACCAGGGGUCAUCCCGGGCCCGUCACCUCUGCUACCAUUGGCAGUUGCCCCAGGAGUGGGGGGGUCCAGGGACCACGUGAGGGGAGAUCAGAGGAUGUAAGUGGCUGGACCAGCUCCCCAGCCCUCAUUGGGACAGGAAACUUGCCCGGCACUUUUGCCUUCAACUCGACGCACAGAUGCUCUCGGGCACAGACGCUCUGGGCCGCGCAGCAGUGUGGGCCCGCCUCCCUGCUGCAGGCAGGCUGUGGCGUUUGUCCCCACGCUGAGGGUUUCUGUCAGCCCUGCAGGCGCACUUCUCACAGUGUUUUCACCCGCACUGGGGUGUUUUAUUUAUUGCCUUAACACUUUAUUUUGAGGGUCUGCCCUCCCAGGUUGAGAGGCCUGCGAGAGACAUAGAUUCCUCCUGGCUCCUUGUACUCUGGAGGUGGAGGACUGGCCCGCAGGCUCCCCUGAAUGGCAAAGGGGCCCCAGGGGCGGCAAGCUUGCCCAUAUGGAGGAGGGGGAGAGGGAGAUGGGAGGGGGGAUGUGGGGCGGGGCCCAUCCUCUCUGAGCCCACCCCCCUCCCCACAUCCUCCCUCCUGCUCCCCAGGCUGGAGGACCGCUGUGCACUAACCCUGGUUCUGGCUCCACAUCCACCUCCCCGAGGUCGAUGCCCAGGAGGGAGCAGCCUCCUGGGCAGGAGGGAGCUGGGGUGGCCCUCCUCCAUCCCGACAUUCCAUUCAUUUGCACUUACCCUGCGCUGUGAAUGUAAUCUUGGGCCUGUGCCCGGCCUGUGCUGAUUUGCUCCCACAUCACACAGAAGUGGCAUUUUCAUUUCAUCUUUGUUUACACGUCCAUGCACUGCCUCUGGCACGCGAUUUGUUGCAGCUUCCAACAUUUGUAUGGUAGAGCAUGUGUGCGUCAACUUUGAGUCAAAUAAAUGGUUUAAACAA